UACUAUAAUGGUUUUGUAAGCAGAGGAGUAGAAACUCUGUUCAGUUUGCCUCCUGCCUAAAAUUGUAUCAGACUUACAGUUCAGGCUUCACAGAGAGGGCAAAGGUGGGAAAUUUGAAGAGGAAAGAAAGAAAAGGUUGAAGCUUUAGCUUUGUGAAAGACUAAAGAAAGAGAGAGACUUGGGUUUUUGAAAAGAGAGAAGCUUUUUUGGGGAAUAUGGAGGGAAGCAGUAAGGUGGUGGUGGUGGCCAAUGAGAAGAAGCCGAUUCGAAUAGGGAAUCCGUUUACUUUGAAAGUGGGUCAAGUAUUUACUGGGUUUGGCAUAGGCUGUGGUGUUGGUAUCGGCGUUGGCCGCCCCAUUAAUUUAGGUGCAGUACCAGUGGUAAAUCAAGUCAUGGGUGCCACAAGAGGUGCCACUGAUGCUUUUUCGGGAGUUAGCAGACAUGUAACUGACGCCUUAAGGAAGGUUGGAGCAAAGAACAUUGAAGCCGGCAUUGGUUGUGGCGUUGGUUUUGGACAUGGCUUUGGAGUUGGCCUUGCUCUGAAACCAGGGAUUUUGCAACAAAUUCAACUGUUUUCUAUGCAAACAAUGGCAAAAAUGAUGACAAAAUUUGGAAUUUCUCCCAAUUUACCAAUCCUUCAAGGUGCCAUUCCAAGUUCAUUGCAAAGCGGCAUUGGCGUUAUGAAUGAUUCAUCAAGCCAAAAUCCAGUCGGAAAUAUAAUGCAGAUGGCAACAAAACCAGCAGACUAUGCAACUCAAGGCUUGCCUGGAUAUGGAAAUAAGGGUACAGGUUCAACUUAUGAUAAUUUUACAUCAACAAGCUCUCCAGUUGAUACACCUUUUGGCAGUCGUACAGAGAAGGUUCUCAGCAGCUUUUUACAGAGUCCAGUUUUGAAGGGAGAGGAUAGUGAACUAAGUGACGUGGCUGGACGCUUGAGGUCGGAGAAUAAAAUCCUUCAAAUGGUAUUGAAACACCAGCAAAUCAUUGACGAGCUCACAGAGGAGAAUGAGAAGCUUCGCCAUAUACUAGUUGAAGACCUGAAAGUACCACCUAGCAAGCUGCAAGCAUCUUAUACAAGUAAAAUCAGAUCUCCAUGUUCAGAUUGCUUUGAAUGUCGAAGAAAACAAAGAAGAAGAUAG